AUGUCCGGUCCCGAAGAGAGUGACCACUCAGACCUGGAACUAUUUACGGCGGAUGAGGCAGGUGAUAUAUCUUCUAGUACAUCUCAGAGACCGACCCUCAAGACGAUAACAUCCUCUCAAACUCGACAACAGGCACUUGGUUCCUCCUCGCAACAUGCGCCCCCGAAUCUAUCGACGCACCUGCCACCUCUGAAUUCCUAUGACGGGCCGGGUAAAUUUGCGGCCACUCCUUUCACCACCGAAGAGCAUGCCGAGAAAGAAGGUGGCCCGCCGGACUGGUACAUCGAAGGACCUGGUCGUCGCGUGGGUUAUGACGAUCUUACGGCAAUCGACUGGAUCUAUGAAUACACUAAGGAGAGACAUCGGUUGAGAAAAUUGUUUUCCAGUAGCCAUGGGUUGGUUGGGAACCUCAGACAAAUCUUUGAUGCCAGUCAUGUCUGGCUAGUCCUUGUUGCGACGGGGAUCUCUGUUGGAUGUCUCGCAGCAGCUAUCAAUAUUGCCUCCGACUGGCUUGGAGAUAUCAAGACUGGCUAUUGCAAGAAAGGCGUCGACGGAGGGCGAUUCUACUUGAACAAACAGUUUUGCUGCUGGGGCCAUGACGAAUACGCCCACUGUCAAGACUGGACGCCAUGGCCAGUGGCGAUGGGUGUCGGGCCUGUUGGCGGCCGAUAUGUGAUCAGCUAUAUAUUCUUCAUCUUGUUUUCUGUCCUCUUUGCUGUUUCUGCUGCAGUGCUGGUCAAGCAUUACUCUUUAUAUGCUAGACAUAGUGGUAUUCCGGAGAUCAAAGUUGUACUCGGUGGCUUUGUCAUGAAGCGGUUCCUCGGUGGCUGGGCAUUGGUCAUAAAGUCGGUCGGGUUGUGUCUUGCUGUAGCUUCUGGUAUGUGGUUAGGUAAAGAGGGCCCGUUCGUCCAUCUUGCCUGCUGCUGCGCCAAUAUCGUUAUGAAACCUUUCGAAUCAUUGAGCCAAAAUGAAGCACGAAAGCGCGAAGUCUUGUCAGCAGCUGCAGCAUCUGGGAUUUCCGUGGCUUUUGGCUCUCCUAUCGGCGGCGUUCUCUUUUCACUGGAGCAAUUGUCAUAUUAUUUUCCAGACAAAACGAUGUGGCAAUCAUUUGUUUGUGCAAUGGUUGCCGCCGUCACUCUUCAGGCUAUAAAUCCAUUCCACACUGGCAAAAUUGUGCUGUACCAAGUCACCUAUUCGGAGGCAUGGCACAGUUUUGAAAUUGUACCCUUCGUAUUGCUGGGCGUCAUCGGUGGCAUUUAUGGAGGCCUGUUCAUAAAGUUGAACAUGCUUUUCGCUCGUUUGCGAAAAUCCCAGCAUUAUCCUUUACGCAACCGACCACUUCUAGAAGUCCUCAUUGUUGCUGCUAUUUCAGCAAUUGUCAACUUCCCAAACCUCUUCAUGCGAGCUCAGUUGUCAGAGCUCGUAUACUAUUUGUUCGCCGAAUGCGCAAGUAUAGGCAACAACGAUAUCUUCGGCCUCUGCAAAGUCACCACGGCUGGGUCUCUCGCAAUGGCAUGGCUUCUGAUCGCAGCUGCCAUCCUAGGAUUUCUCCUCUCCAGCAUCACAUUUGGUCUUCAAAUUCCAGCUGGUAUUAUCCUACCGACUUUGGCCAUCGGCGCAUUGUAUGGUCGAACAAUUGGUGCAUUGGUAGAGCUUGUGCACAGGAACUUUUCCACUUCGGUGCUAUUUGCUGCUUGUGAACCGGAUGUCCCUUGUGUUAUCCCGGGCACCUACGCCAUCGUUGGGGCUGCUUCAGCUUUGGCUGGGGUUACAAGAAUGACUGCUUCGAUCGUUGUGAUCAUGUUUGAAUUGACAGGUGCUCUCACUUAUGUGCUACCUAUCAUGAUUUCCGUCAUGUUGGCUAAAUGGAUUGGCGAUGCUUUUAGUACACGUGGCAUCUACGAGACCUGGAUCAACUUCAAAGAAUAUCCAUAUCUCGAGAACAAAGACGAUACACAGAUACCUCACGUUGGUGUCUCAAGUCUCAUGACGAGGGUGGAGGAGAUGCACUGCUUAGAUGCCAACAAGAGGCAUACUGUGGCGAGUUUACAGAGAGUUCUUCGAUCAACGACCUUUCGCGGCUUCCCGGUGGUUGCGUCCAAAGGGGCUCAUGAUGAUACCCUUGUCGGAAGGACUGCGAGACGGCACCCUCUCAGAGAGAACACUUUCUUGGGGUACAUAUCGCGAGCCGAACUCACAUUUGCAUUGGAUCGGAUGACGAAAUCAAGCACAAAUUUAGACCGCCCGCAGUCAGAAACCAUCACCCCGGACACGCCGUGUUACUUCGUCUAUCAUUCUGAAGUAAAUACUGUGCGAGGUAUAGAUCUACGGCCAUGGAUGGACCAGACACCGAUCACGCUUAAUGCCAACAGCUCGCUCCAACUUACAGUGAGCAUGUUUCAGAAUCUCGGACUGCGAUAUCUUCUCUUCGUCGACCGCGGGGCGUUUCGAGGGAUCUUGACCAAAAAAGAUGUAUGGUGGAUCUUGUCGGCAUCACAAGAGAGGCAGAAGUCUGGAGAGUUUGUUGCUGGUGCAGGACAUCUCCGCGAGACGACAGAUACGGAAGAAGAGGGAGAGGAAGAGGCCAGGGGCCUUCUUCAAGAAAACUCAGGAGAGACAAGUCGACACGCGAGGCCAGGUUGA